AUGGCUGAAUACGAAGAAUCCCUGGAAUACACUCUUUAUUAUUCAAGCAUUCCAUUUCUCGUCAUUGGCUUUAUCGGCAAUGUGCUGCUUAUUCGAAUUGUGCAGAAGACACGAGAAAUGCAUACUCCGACAAAUUUUCUUUUGGCGAGCAUGGCUGCUAGCGAUAUCAUCACCAUUUUGCUCUGGUCGUUCUACUUCUUUGAAUUUGCCAAAUUCGUUUGCAAAUUUGUCGUUCUUAUUGAAAUCUCCAUAAAGGUAUCUUCUAUCACUCUUACAGUGCUAGCAAUAGAAAGAUACAACGCUAUAUUGACGCCAUUCAGAGCAGGUUUGUGGUUAACUCAAGACAAAAUCAAGUACACCAUCUGUUUCAUUUGGUUCUCAAGCCUUGUAAUUUGUUUCCCAGAAUUUUUUCUUAAAAAAUGGAGUGAGACAGAGGAGACAUGCAUCGGUCCAUGGACCUUUUACAUGAGUCAAGCAAGCAAAAUUUAUACGGUCAUAAAUAUAACAAUUGUUUUUAUUGAAAUGGUGACCAUAUUUUACUGCUAUGGCUGCUUGAUGAGGGAACUGUACUUUUCUAACAGAGUUUACCCGCAAACAGAAAGAGAUGCAUCGUCGGAGAAAAAGAAACUCGUUAUCACUUUGAUGAUUUCAACAACACUAUUCUCUAUUGCCUUUGCACCAGUUGUAGUUUUUUACGCAAUUGUAGCUACACGAAAUAAUGAACAGUUAGCUCAAGACUAUGAGUUAUACGUCAUUCUUGUGGGUGUAUUCGAUUUCAUGUUUGUUUUCGCUGUGAGUUCCAACCCGAUUAUUUAUGGUUUACGCGCUACAAAAUUCCGAGAAGAGUUUAAAAACAUAAUUCUCUGCCGGAGAAAGACAUAA